AUGGGGACAACUUCGCCUCCCCCUCUCUCCCGGGGAUGUUUACCUCCAAGGCGAUGGUGGGACAGGACUCUGAUGGGCUUGGGCCCACGGGGCCCAACCGAGCCCCCCACCUUCUGCAGCAGCUGCGGGCGGCGGCCGAGAGCUCCUGGGCAGCGCCUUUGUUUUCCCGACUCCAAUUACGUUUGCGGAAGUGCUGCGGGCGCCGGGGACGCGGCUGCCCUGCACCCCGAGAUGACAGGCGGCACCCGGGAGGGCGGGAUAGGCGCGGAGGCUCCGGGCCGGGGCGGCGCCCACCCCGCGGCAGCUACGCCGGGCACCGGGAGCCUUGUCCCGGGGGUGCGGGGCGGCCGCUCCGGGAGCCGGGGCGGCGGCGGGCGGGCCAGAGCGCGGCAUGUCGGUUGGGUCGCUAGCUCCUCUCCCGGGGGUGCGGCGGGUGCGGCGGCUGGAUGCAGCCGGGUGGGGCGAACGACAGCGGUGGCCGGGCGCAGUCACCGCGCGACCUUCCCUCGGCUCUUGCUCACCGCUUUGGUCCCAGGCCUGGCCUCGCUGCCGCCGCCUUCGCUCCCGACCGGCUGGACCCGUUUCGGGGCUGAGCUGGAGGACCGGGCGCCAGGUGCAGCGCUCCGCCUCCUGCGGCGGCGGAUGCGUCCGCCGCCUCCUCUCGGCCUCCCGCCCUCUGGGGCCGCCCGGGGGACCCAGGAUCCAGCCGGGAUGGGGAGGCACAUCCUGAAGAGUGAAGAGCUGGGCGAUGUCCCAUCCCCGUUCCACCACACCCAUUACGCUCCGGCUGAGCGGUGCUUUCUUUACUCCUUAAUCACAGCAGGCCUGCGACAGACUAGGCACAACCUUGGUAAACUGUCCUCGGAUGACCCCACAGACAAGAAAGAGCGAGGAGACGGGCAAUGCUCGCUCCAGGAGCUUCUGGAACCCAGGAAACAUCUGAAUAUGGCACCUUGAUGAAGAGGUGACCUGAGCACAGGUGUUACUCUAAGAAUUAAGCU